UGGCAGCAGCAAUAGCAACAUCUUCUCCCUGGGCGAGCUAGAGGAAUUACCCCCUCGGUCCAACUUCCAGCCGACAGGAAGUGGUACCCAGACACUGCGGGGGUUCCCGACGCAGAGCCCCUGAUCUGGAGGUCCUGGCCAAGGGUGUUCUGUGACAGCAGGGACUUCUGUGGUCUGAGGCACCCAGGCAAGUCUCUCAACUGUUCAGAGAUUCCGUUUCCCACCACCAGCCUGUCGGAGUCAUGGGACUGUGCCUUUGAAUCUGGGCCCGAUUCAAAGGGCAUUCUGGAUGCUCUGUGGCAGUGUACAGUGCCAUGGAGCAUCCGCGGGGACCGAAGAAGCCUCUGUCGGGGAGAAGAGCCAGGUCUCUGGACAGGUCACAUGGCCCCAAGAAGGACUCAGAGUCAUGGAACUGCCAGUGCCUUUCCCUGCCCAUUCUCACCACCCCCUACAGGCGGGUGCUGCACCGGACGGCCAGCGACGGGACCAGGUGUCCCCAGAGCCCAGCUCAGUCUGUGGAGGCUCAGGGCACCACGGCCAUAGCCCUCAGCCUGGAGGAGACCAGGGAGUUUCUCCCCAGUGACCAGAAGCCUCCGCAGGACACUAAGAAGGACAAGGCCCAGAGGUGGGGCCAGCAGGGGUGGCUGAAGACCUUUAUAAACUUCCUUCUGAGGACAGGCCCUGAGGAGCCCAAAGAAAAGGGCAGCCGGAAGGCAAAGGGGAAGGAGGGCCUCCCCAAGCCCGCAGAAGCCCCUGGGGCACCAGGGGACACAGCUCCUAGGAAGAAAGCCCACGACAAGAAGGCCAGCCGCAAGAAACAUGGUCACAAGAAACAUGUUGCUGAGGAAACCAAGGGGACCCAAGAUCAGGAGACCGAAGGCCAAGAGACAGGGCUGUGCAAGAUGGCGGUUGCCCCACGCUCCGAGGAGGCUGACCUGGGCCCAGCACCCAGGGGUGGGGAAGGUUCAGAUCUCCACCAGUCCUUGUUCAUUGAGGACAGGGGUCCUGGAGCGUCGGAGAUUUCUUCUCAAGCCACAGGUCACUGGCCGGAAGAGAAGCUCAAAACCCUUGACAAGGAGACCAUCAUCAGGAUGAUAGUGGAAUUUCUCCAAAGAGUGGGAGACCAGUGGGAGGAGGAGCAGCUUCAAGCUCCUCGGCCAGAGGUGGUUCAACAGAACCCAGUGCCAGCCGUCAGGAAGAAAUCCCAAGAGAAGAAGUCUAGCCUCAAGAGAGCCUUUCCUCAUAAGAAACACGGCUCCGAGGAGCCUAAGAGAGCGGGGCCUGCCGGUGUUUCCAGCCCCGAGUCCCGGCCACUCAGGAGGCCCAACUUUCUGCCCCUGCUCACCGAGCCCUCCACCUCUAGCAGCCUCGGUUCGGAGGAACCCCAUGUCCACGAGGCCCCGUCUGCAGAGAGCGGGGCUCCAAGUGCCUUCGAGCUUGCCGCCCAAGCAGGAAGCCAGGGACCCGAAGAAGACUUGCAGAUGAACAGAACCGUGGAAUUCAAAGAAUUCAUUCAGAAGAUCAUUGCCCUACUCCAGGGUGCAGAGGAGCAGAGGGGAGAGAAGCAGCUUCAAGUCGAGGAACCGGAGGUGGCUAUAGAAAACACAUCCCCACCCUGCAGAAGGAAAUCCCAUGAGAAAAAGUCCAGUUUCAGAAAAGCCUAUUCUCAUAAGAAAUGCGGCUCCAAGGAAGGGAAGAGAGCGUGGGCUGCAGGUGUUGCCAGCCCGGAGUCCCGGCCGCACAGGAGGCCCAGCUUUCUGCCCCUGUGCAUGGGGGGCCAUCAGCCCUCUGCCUCCAGCAGCCUCGAUCUGGACAAUGUUGAGUUCCAGGAGUCCUUGCCUGAAGAAGGGACACCUGUUGGAUCCUCAGAAGCGCCCCCCCAGACCAGGGGCCACAAGCCAGAGGAGGGACUGCAGCCGGAUGAAGUGUUCGAAUCUAAGGAGCUGAUCAUUCAGGGGCUGGUGGACCUUCUCCAAGAAGUGGAUGACCAGUUGGGAGAGCAGAUCAGGCGACACCCCAGCUUUAAGAGGGUUUUACACAAGCUCUCAGACUCCUCCCUCAGGAAGUUGGCAGCCACCCUGCAGAGCCAGAAGGCCCACCUUGCAGAGCUGGACAGGAACCUCACCAAGAGACCCUACCACUUUGCCUUUGGCUCAUCUAACAAAUUUGCCGGCAACAAUAGCCACACCAUCCUUAGCCUCAUGGGCCUGUGCUAUGGCCAUAGCCAACACAGCUACACCCACUUCCUGUGCCCGAUGGCCCAGCAGAACAUCGCAAGUCUUGAAAUCCAAAGUCCAGAUUAAAAGCUAUGCUUUAAACUCAAGCUCCCUUGAACUAUUCAAACAAUUGGCAGCUUUAGGCAGGACCCUCUGAGGAUGCUUCAUGACACCCUCCCCAGAUAUGAAUGAAAACAAGGAUGGAUGGCCAUCUGCGUACGUAUGCCAUCGUGGGCUUCCUGAGACUGGGAUACACGAAUCCCUCUUCCACUUAGCGGGACGCAGAGGCCAUGCUGGGGGAAGGAGAGUACCGCACCGGGAGUUAGGAGACUAGAACUCCACCUGCUGAGCUGCCCCAACUUGCUGCAAGACCCUGGACUUGUCUUCCACUCCCGACCUUGGAUUCUGGGCAAGACUAUGUAUACGACCCAUCGGAUCUCUUCUGACUCCAUCAUGUUAAAGUCUCUUUAAAAGGGGGGAGGUUGUUGCUUUCACUCAAUGGCUAAAUACACCCCACUGAGCUGGAGGCAGUCCUUAAGUCCUCACUGAAGGAAUGAAUGAACAGACGAAUGAGUGGGAGAGCUCCUGAGAUCCAGGCGAUUCUGUCAGGCAUUCCUUGGGAGGCCUUGGUCCUCCACUGGAAUUGUGCAACCCGUAGUUCUCUCUCUAAAUUGGGGGCUAGGGAGGAAAUGGGGCACUACCUUGACAGGCACUGGUCCUGAGCAUUGAACCAGGGGUCAAGGCCUUCACAUUCUGGGGUUAACUUUAGUACCGACUUAUGUACACUUAUUUUUUACUAUCAUGUAUUUUCCUGACCUGUAGGGGCUAAAACUAUGCCUGCUAUCACGUGGAAGGCUGGCUGGCAUUUUCUAGAUGACAAUUGCAAAUGAGUCUUUCUUUUUGUUUUUGUUUUUUAAGAUUUUAUUUAUUUAUUUGUCAGAGAGAGGGAGAGCACCAGCAGGGGGAGUGGCAAGCAGAGGAAGAAGCAGGCUUCCCACUGAGCAAGGAGCACGAUGUGGGACUCGAUCCCAGGACCCCAGGAUCAUGGACCUGAGCCGAAGGCAGACACCUAACCGACGGAGCCAUCCAGGUGUUCUGAGUCUAGUUUAUUAAAAUAAAUUUUUGUUUACUCUCUCAGCAGAAUACCCAUAUGCAUUUAACCAGAUGUGCAUCCAUGUGCAACAAGUAAUUUAUUCAGUUGGCCAACAGUGCUUAAUGUCCAUAUGGGUUUACAGACACCUGUCAGGAAGUCUGCAGGCCUCAGACAGAGAAGACCUAUGGAUUGGGGAUCCCUGGUCUCUCAGAAUCCUUCCAACCCUGUGUCCUAUAAUUCCAUGUCCAGAGAAGUGAAGCUGAUGCCUUGCAUCUCACCCGUCUCAUGGGGGUUUGCCAAGAGUCAGUGAGAGAAUGAAUGUGAAGAGUGCCAUGUCCAUGUAUGUUGUUGUUCUUAUUAUAGCUACAAUCUGGGUAGUUUGCAGGAAAUAGGGAAGGGCUUUAAGCUGGAUUGCCAUGAAUGGUUGUAUGGGUGUGCACUGCUCAAGAACAUCAUACCCCAGGAAGUGAUAUUUACUUCCUAGACGUUGUAGAUAUGUAGAUUUAUGAUAGCAGUUUUCUACCUGAUGGCAGUAAAGAGUCCUGAGAAAGGGGCUCCUUUUUGUUUUUGUACAAAGGUGAGGUGUGGGCUGUUAGAGGCUCUGCCUUCUACAAAGCUGAACAGUUUGAACAGCUUGGCUCAGAUGGGCAGUUUGCCACAUGUCCAUUAUCUACAUGCAUACCCAACAGGGCUAUAAACAUAGCCAUUGGACAUUGCAUGAAACACAUGGCCAAAGGGGAGAGAGUGUUAAAAUCUAGACUCACUCUUAUUACCCUCGCUGGACACUGUAUUGCUAUGUUGAACGUGGUGAUCACUGGGGGGUAGGACUGGAGAGGGGGUGAAACCAAGGGCAAAGAGGCCUUGGGCACUUAGCUGGGACCGGCCUCAAACCUGAGGCAAAGUUUUAGGAAGUUCAACAAAGCAUAUUCUACAAGUCAUUUAGUUUUAUUGCUGAUUCUAAGAAGUGGGGGAGAAGUGGUCUAUUUAUGGAUUUAUUUUAGUGUUCGGGAACACAGCCCCCAAAUGCAAAGGAUCAGAAUCAGUUUUGAAACGAGGGUCAGGAAACUUCUGUACAUAGUUUCUUAUUUGGGAUGAUGUUCUUUAAGUUGUAUGUGUAUUUGGUGUGAGUCCCCGAUGCUGGCAUCUGAGUCUCAUUUUUGUACUGUUAUUUAAGCAAAUAAAGAAAUUGACUUGCA